UUAAUUGAAAAUGACCCACCAAAGUAUAAAUAAGGGAUACUUAAUCCCAAUGGCUGUGACGGCAGCUUUAGGUUUUCUUGCUCUAGGAUACUCCUUAGCCUACUACAAUGCGUUCACUGACAUUAUGUACAAGAAAUAUGCAGAGAAAGGACAACAAGUUGUCCAGGAUAAGAAUAUUUUCAACUCUCUUGUCUCUGGUGUUGUUCCCUUUGGUGCCAUCUUUGGGAGUGUUAUGAUCGGCCUCAUUGUUGACAAAGGUAGACGCUUUUCGUUAUUGGUUGUUGCAUCUGUGUUAAUGGCAGCAACAUUACUAAGCCUGGUGUUCAAUUUCUACGCUCUGGUGCUUGGAAGACUGUGCAUGGGCAUUUGUAUUGGCUGAUACGCGACAUUGUGCCCACUAUACAUAUCAGAGAUAUCACCACCAGAACUAUCAGGAUUGUUAGGAGUGUUCACUCAGAUGGGAGCUUGUACAGGAGCAUUCAUUGCUUUCUCAGUCCCAUUCAUCAUGCCAUUGUCAGAAAGUUCAGAAGUUUCAGAGCAGAACCAAGGAUUCAGUGUCGACUCUCACAACUGGAGGAUGAUCUUUGGGUUGCCUUUCAUGAUCGGUCUUGCACAGCUCUUGCUUCUUACAUUAGUUUUCAAGCACGAAACCCCUCUGUUCUACCUGAAGAAGAGAGACAAGAGCAAUUAUGCAAAGAUUAUGAAGCUAAUUUAUGUUGGUUGGAAGCCUGACACAGAUAUUGAACUUGCUGAAAUCAAAGAAGUCAACAGAUUGAUCGAACUAAAGGAGGCAUCCAGAGAUGAGUCCAUGUCCUGAAAUAGGAGCCUCCUAGAGUCCCAAAAUAGCAAAGCGGGCCGGAAGUCCCCUCCAGGAUACAAGAAAGCACUGUUGAUAGGUUCUGCACUCAGCAUAAUGCAACAGCUCACUGGGAUUGGAUGAGUGGUAUUCUUCUCAAACGAAAUCUUUAUUGUUGGCCGUACAGGAUUUGAUGCUGCCUACAGUGCAAGGGUUGGAACUUUACUCGUUGGUGUAGUGGGCUUCUUAGGUACAGGACUAUCGAUCCCACUCCAAAAAUUCUUCGGAAGAGUUACAUUCAUUCAGUUUAGUGAGAUAAUAAUAUGAAUUUCACUAACACUUUCUGGUGUAUGAGCCUGAAUGGGAAGCCAAUUUGGAAUCAUCAUCUUUACAUUGAUAUUCAUAUUCAUGUUCAACUUUGGAAUUGGACAAGCAAUGUGGGCAUACUGCCCAGAAAUCUUAGACAGUCGAGGAUGAUCCAUUGUUGCCCUUCUCAAUAUGAUUUGUUGUUGAAUAUUUGGAAUAUUCACUAAUCUAGCGUUCAAAUAUUUGACUGCUCAAGGCGUAUACUUCGGUCUUGCAGCCAUCCAGGUCUUCACAAUCACCUUCGUAUGGGCAUUCGUCAAAGAGACCAAAGGAAAGACCAAACAGGAGUGUGAACAACUAUAUGCCAUCAAAAAUUAAGCAGGAAUAAGAAAAAGAGGUCAA